AUGCAGGUUGUGCUCGUCCUCGUCCACCUCGUCCUCCUCGUCCUCGUCCUCCUCGUCCUCGUCCUCCUUGUCCUCGUCCUCUUCCUCCCCCAUCCCCCACUACCACCAUCUCCUCUUCCUCUCGCUGACUUCUCAACAAGAGUACUCGGGGUCGUGAGCGCUGCUCUCGUCGUUCCCCCAGCAGAGCGUCCAGCAGAAGGGAUCGUGUCCCUCGACCUCCUGCCACUCCCUCUUGCCGACUCGUCAACAGACGCGAACCGAGCAAGCGAGACCAUGAAAGACGGUCGAGCGAUCUUGCAGCGAGCGAUUGUCAAGAGCCGAUGCGUGGACGUGGAGUCACUUUGUGUCAUCGCCGGGAAAGCAGUGUGGAAGGUUACAGUGGAAUUGAAAGUGCUUGAGAAUGGAGGCAACGUCACGGACUGCUGCAGCCUUGCCGCAGUCUUGUCUCUCAAUCACUUCAAACUCAACGAGGUAAUUGUCGACGGGGACAAAGUCAAAGUCUUUGCCUACAGUGAGAGAGUCAUCAUCGCCGAUCCAUCCAAACUCGAAGAACAAGUCAUGCAUGGUCAACUGGUGAUCAUCGCAGGCAGCAAAGAUCGGUCGAUGCUGUAUGGCAUCUCCAAGACUGGAGGAGCUCCCCUUCCUCCUUCUCAGCUCCAGCGAUGCUGCGAGAUGGCGAUCGAUAGAGCAGCGGAGCUUCACGAAGUUUGCAAAGAAGCGCUAAGGAAGAACGAGGAGAAAACCAAGAAGAGAGAUAUGGACGCUUUGAGAAAGAUCAAGCGAGCGGACGUGGAGGAGGUGGAAGUGGAGGAGGAAGGAGAGAGCAAGGAGAAAGAGGAAAAGGGAGAGGAGGGAGAGGCGGAGAAAGAGGCGAAAAAACUCAAGACUGAAACCUAG